AUGGACCGCUUCCUGGGAUUCGUCAAGCAGAUUCGGAGGUCUAGAAGAAGAAAGGGGAAAAAGUACCGCCCGGAAGAGGAUUACCAGGAGGGCUAUGAGGAUGUGUAUUACUAUGCUUCUGAGCAUUUUCGAAAUGAGAGUCCCUACACUAAAUCUGCCAGCCAGACAAAGCCGCCUGAUGGAGCAUUGGCUGUGAGGAGACAGAGCAUCCCAGAGGAAUUCAAGGGCUCCACCGUGGUGGAGCUGAUGAAGAAGGAAGGUACCACGCUCGGCCUGACGGUAUCAGGAGGAAUUGACAAAGAUGGCAAGCCGAGAGUGUCCAACCUGCGGCAAGGAGGGAUUGCUGCCAGAAGUGACCAGCUGGAUGUGGGUGACUACAUCAAAGCAGUGAAUGGAAUCAACCUGGCCAAAUUCCGUCACGACGAGAUCAUCAGCUUGCUGAAAAAUGUUGGGGAAAGAGUUGUCCUGGAAGUGGAGUAUGAGCUGCCACCAGUCUCUGUACAAGGAUCGAGUGUUAUGUUCCGAACAGUGGAGGUCACUUUGCACAAAGAAGGCAACACCUUUGGUUUUGUAAUACGAGGGGGAGCACAUGAUGACAGGAAUAAGUCUCGUCCAGUUGUGAUAACCUGUGUUCGACCUGGAGGGCCUGCUGACAGGGAAGGCACCAUCAAACCUGGAGACAGGUUGCUCAGCGUGGAUGGAAUUCGGCUUCUUGGAACCACCCAUGCCGAGGCCAUGAGUAUUCUUAAACAGUGUGGACAAGAAGCAACGCUGCUCAUAGAAUAUGAUGUCUCCGUAAUGGAUUCUGUGGUAACAGCAUCCGGGCCACUACUAGUUGAAGUUGCCAAAACUCCUGGUGCCAGCCUUGGGGUUGCCCUAACUACCUCUGUGUGCUGUAACAAACAGGUCAUCGUCAUAGACAAAAUCAAAUCUGCAAGUAUUGCAGACAGAUGUGGUGCGCUGCACGUCGGGGACCACAUCCUCUCCAUCGACGGCACCAGCAUGGAGUACUGUACGCUCGCCGAAGCCACCCAGUUCCUCGCCAACACCACCGACCAGGUCAAGCUGGAGAUUCUCCCACACCACCAGACCCGCUUGGCCCUGAAGGGGCCUGACCACGUGAAAAUUCAAAGGAGCAACAGACAACUUCCUUGGGAAUCCUGGGCCAGCAACCCGUGCAGCCUUCACACCAACCAUCACCAUAACUCGUUCCACCCAGACCAUUGCAGAGUGCCAGCCCUGACUUUCCCGAAAGCGCCUCCUCCAAACAGUCCUCCAGCGAUGGUGUCCUCAUCUUCCCCUACCUCCAUGAGCGCAUACAGCCUGAGUUCCCUGAACAUGGGGACUUUACCUCGAAGCCUCUACUCCACUAGCCCACGAGGAACCAUGAUGAGGAGGAGACUGAAAAAGAAAGACUUCAAAAGCUCACUGUCUUUAGCUUCUAGCACCGUGGGAUUGGCUGGACAGGUUGUUCACACAGAAACCACAGAGGUUGUACUGACGGCUGAUCCUGUCACGGGCUUUGGAAUCCAACUGCAGGGCAGUGUGUUUGCCACAGAGACGCUCUCCUCUCCGCCUCUGAUUUCCUAUAUUGAAGCUGACAGCCCAGCAGAGAGAUGUGGGGUGCUGCAGAUUGGAGACAGAGUCUUGGCUAUUAAUGGAAUUCCAACUGAAGACAGCACCUUUGAGGAAGCCAAUCAGCUCCUGCGAGACUCUUCCAUCACAAGCAAAGUCACACUGGAAAUUGAGUUUGAUGUUGCAGAGUCUGUCAUCCCAAGUAGUGGAACAUUUCACGUAAAACUGCCUAAGAAGCACAGCGUGGAACUUGGAAUAACCAUUAGUUCACCAUCCAGUAGAAAACCUGGGGACCCUCUUGUCAUUUCAGAUAUCAAGAAGGGUAGCGUGGCACACAGAACUGGAACUCUGGAACUUGGGGACAAAUUGCUUGCAAUAGACAACAUCCGGCUGGAUAACUGUUCCAUGGAGGACGCAGUCCAGAUCCUCCAGCAGUGUGAAGACCUGGUGAAGCUCAAAAUCCGCAAAGAUGAAGAUAACUCAGAUGAGCAAGAAAGUUCCGGAGCGAUUAUUUAUACAGUGGAGCUGAAGCGCUAUGGGGGGCCCCUUGGCAUCACGAUUUCAGGAACUGAAGAGCCAUUUGAUCCUAUAAUCAUCUCAAGCCUCACUAAAGGGGGAUUAGCUGAAAGGACUGGAGCGAUCCACAUCGGAGACCGUAUCCUAGCCAUCAAUAGCAGCAGCUUGAAGGGGAAGCCUCUCAGUGAAGCCAUCCACUUGCUGCAGAUGGCAGGAGAGACUGUCACCCUGAAAAUUAAGAAACAGACAGAUGCGCAACCAGCAUCAAGUCCCAAGAAGUUCCCCAUCUCCAGUCACUCGAGUGACAUGGGAGAUGGUGAGGAGGACUCCUCCCCAAUACAGAAGCCUGGCAAGCUCUCUGACAUGUACCCCUCCACGGUGCCCAGCGUGGACAGUGCUGUGGACUCCUGGGAUGGGUCUGGAAUGGACGCCAGCUAUGGAAGCCAAGGCACCACUUUUCAGACUCCGGGAUACAAUUUCAACACCUAUGAUUGGAGGAGUCCAAAACAAAGAGGCAGCCUAUCCCCAGUCCCCAAGCCUCGAAGCCAGACUUAUCCAGAUGUGGGAUUAAGUAAUGAAGACUGGGAUCGGUCCACAGCCAGCGGCUUCGCAGGGGCCUCUGACAGUGCGGAGGCUGAACAAGAGGAAAACUUCUGGUCUCAAGCACUGGAGGACCUGGAGACCUGCGGCCAGUCGGGGAUCCUGAGAGAGCUUGAGGAGAAAGCUGACAGGCGUGUGUCAUUGAGAAACAUGACUCUCUUGGCAACAAUCAUGUCGGGGAGCACCAUGAGUUUGAAUCAUGAGGCUCCAACGGCUCGCACUCAGCUGGGGCGACAGGCCAGCUUCCAGGAACGGAGCAGUUCACGGCCACACUACAGCCAAACAACUCGAAGCAACACCCUGCCCUCGGAUGUGGGCAGGAAGUCAGUAACCCUGAGGAAAAUGAAACAAGAAAUAAAGGAUAUCAUGUCCCCAACUCCUGUGGAACUUCACAAGGUGACUUUAUACAAGGACUCUGGCAUGGAGGACUUUGGGUUCAGUGUGGCAGAUGGCCUGCUGGAGAAAGGAGUAUAUGUCAAAAAUAUCCGCCCAGCUGGGCCAGGUGAUCUUGGUGGCUUGAAACCCUAUGACAGGCUCUUGCAGGUUAACCACGUCCGGACGAGAGACUUUGACUGCUGCCUGGUUGUACCGCUCAUAGCUGAAUCUGGCAACAAGCUGGACCUGGUCAUUAGCAGAAACCCACUGGCCUCCCAGAAGUCAAUAGAACAGCAGGCUCUGCCAGGAGACUGGAGUGAACAGAACAGUGCUUUCUUCCAACAGUCCAGCCACGGUGGUAAUCUAGAGACACGAGAACCCACUAACACAUUAUAG